UGAUCACAUGAUCCACUUCCGCCUCCUGGGCGUAUAUCUUUGCUGGAGUACUGAAGAUUUUCUAGAUUUUGUCCUAAAAAACACACCACAGUCAUGCCGCGCCCUACUCAGAUACUGGAUACAAGAAGACGGGGAGACCAGGCCUACCAUUCCUCGCUCCAGUCCACCCUCUCCCUGGGGAAUAUGGCCCUUGUGCCCCUAAGGACACAGUUUAAAGGACCAGCACCCAAAACAGGAGAAUCUGACAUUAUAGAUGAAGCUAUGCACUUCUUCAAGGCCAAUGUUUUCUUCAAGAACUACGAGAUAAAGAGUGAAGCAGACAGGACGUUGAUAUACGUGACCCUGUACAUCUCCGAAUGUCUGAAGAAGCUUCAAAAGUGCACAUCUAAGAACAAUGGACAGAAGGAGAUGCACACGUUAGCGCUCGGCAAGUGGCCCAUCCCUGGAGAGGCUGGCUUCCCCCUUAAUGCCCUGUAUGGUAAACCUAAGGACAGGCAGGAAGAGGAUUCCAUGCAGCAGUACCUCCUCCAGUUACGACAGGAGACCGGCAUGAGGCUGUGUGAGAAGGUGUUCGACCCCAACACUGACCAGCCUAGUAAGUGGUGGAUGUGUUUUGUCAAGAGGAAGUUCAUGGACAAGAGUCUGUCUGCACCGGGCAUGUAAGCUUCAACCAACAACCAAGAUUUUCAUCAAUUUCUUAGAAAAAAGAUGUUUCCAAUCUUCCUUUCUUUGUACAAUGUACCAAUAAGGCCACAUUGAUAUGAGUAUUGAUAUUAUAGUAUAGAUGAUACCUCUUGCAUCGCUUUUUGGAAAGUGAGGAAAGAGUUCGCAAAAUGAGACAAGACAGAUGUAUGCAUUUUUAUAGUUUAGUGUUUUCAAUAUACACUUGUUUAUGAUUGAGACAUUUUUUAUAUUAGUACAUGUUAGCAAUUGAAAGUAGAUUAUCUGACAUAAUUAUUUUCAGUAAGACAGUAAGUGCAUACAUACACCAUGCAUACAAAAUGAUACUUUCCCAUUUAUAUCAAGGAUUUGAAUUCAAUAAACGCUGUCCACAUCAGUUUGCUACAACUUUCUUAAUAAGAUUUUGUUCCAAUAUAUGCUGCUUUUCUUCAUUUUUCCAUAGUGCUGUUAGAUUAUUAUUUGUAUCUAGGGUAAAGUUACCAAGGAUUAUAUAAUAUACAAACUGUCCAACUAUGGCCCAAACCUUUACAUAGUCCUAUAUCUUCAUUCAAAAUCAAUAUGCAGACUAGCUAACAGGUUUUAUUCCUGUAUCAUAGAACAUAUAGUGAUGGGUCUGGUAGUUGGAACAUGAAAGAGGUAAAGUUUGCGGAUAAUAUUUUGAUUCCAAAAUUAUGCAUGCCUGAUGACAUUUGAUGCCUAUGUCAAUAAAUACUAGUACACCAUUUACAACGAAAAGAA